UUCCGCUGAGCUUUAUCGGCCGAGUUGAGCGUAACUACAUACCAGAUGAUGCACUGAGGGCGUUUUUUUUCUUUCUUUCUUUCUUUGGUUUUUUUUUUUUUUUUUAGAAAUAAAGACCAGCCGCUAUGCAGUGCUGGUACUCAGUGCGUGACUUAUAGUUCUCUGCUCAGCAGCACUGACUUGAGUUCGGACAUCAGGAAGCUGAAGAGAAAAGAGCCGUGAGAGCAGACGGGCAGGAGGCCACGGUUCCCCCUCUCACACAUACACACAUCACCACGGUCUUGAUGGUGAUGUAUGCAAGGAAACCAGCAAGAGUCAGCGAUGGGUGCAACGACAGAAGGGAUUCACAAUCCUAUCAGACCCACAAAUCUCAGCCAAAGAGCCAGGCCAGCAGCCUUCACCGCUAUGACAAGGUGCGCGAUGGCCCCUCAGAUCCCGUGCCCCCUUACAAGAUACAGCGGCGCUCAGAUGAAAGUCCUGUCAGCAGACACGGGGAUGGCAAGGCAAAAACCUCUCACACUGUUAGAGGAAAAAAUGGGACCAGUGGUUCUCCUGAGGAGAACUCUCUCAACAACAGCUCCCACCAUGGCACCGACUUGCACGCGGCUCAGAGCAAGCCUGCAGACAGGGACCCAGCAGAUGACUGGACAGAACACAUUAGCUCGUCUGGGAAGAAGUACUACUACAACUGUAGAACUGAGGUCUCCCAGUGGGAAAAGCCCAAGGACCUGUUGGAGAGGGAGCAACGACAGAAAGACCCAGUCAAGUUGGCAGCAAACAGUUUUCCCAGGGACAUGGACUACAGACAAGAGGCCUUGCAGGACAAAGCCACAAAAACCACAUCGGUGGAUCAAUCCACAGCAUCCAACUGCGGCCAUUCCUCCUCUUCCUCUUCUCAGAGCCUGACAUCUGCUGCUGCCGCUGCUAUAGGCUCUGCCCCUUCCAGCAUGUCAUCGUCCUCUUCCUCCUCUAGUGGUCAGGUGUCCUCAUCUGCCCAGUUGCCAUCGCCAACACUGCUCCAGGACCCAGCCCUUCUGCAUCAGCUGCUGCCAGCGCUGCAAGCGACUUUGCAGAUGAACAAUGGCAGUAUGGACAUGGCUAAGCUCAAUGAGGUACUGGCAGCUGCUGUCACCCAAGCUUCCUUGCAGUCUGUGCUUCAUAAGCUCCUCACUGCUGGACCUGCUUUCAACAUCACUGCUCUGCUCUCAGCUGCUCAGCACUCCAACCAAGCCCAGCACUCAAGUCAGUCCCCAGUCUCCCUGACGUCCGAUACAUCAUCGCCGCGGCCAUACGUCUCACCACGGAACGGCACACCACAGAGCAACCAGAAAUCUCAUUUGGCCGUGCAUCCUGGCAGCAUCACGUCCUCGCAAACCAGGGGCAGCAUGUCUUCAGGGAAGCCAGGUUCAGCCUCCUUGUCUCAGACAACAGAAAAGCGUCCAGAAGACCCGAGAACUCUGCAGCAGAGAAGCAGCCAGGACAUGUGCACUGGAUCAAACAUCUCUGGUGCCUCAUUGCCCCACGGCCCUUCCAGCAGCACGAGUCAGUUGGACACCCCCGGCUCCUUCACUCCGAGCCUGGCAGCUCAUUUUGAUGAAAACCUCAUCAGACAUAUCCAAGGGUGGCCUUCAGAGAACACAGAGAAACAGGCGGCUCGGUUGCGUGAAGACAUCCACAACAUGGGCAGCUUGUACAUGUCUGAAAUCUGCACAGAGAUGAAAAAUCUUCGCUCUCUGGUCAGAGUGUGUGAAAUCCAGGCUACACUGCGGGAGCAGAGAAUCUUGUUUCUGAGGCAGCAGAGCAAAGAGCUGGACAAGCUGAAGAACCAGAACUCCUACAUGGUGUGAGGACACGACGGAGAGGAAAAGAUUUGGAUGGUCCGAUUGAGACAAUUAGAGAGCGAGAGAGGAAUAGACAUGGACCGCGAGCCGCUGCAGCCUGUUUAUUCUUCCUGCAAGCGCAACUGUUAGAAGUCAGUAACUGACAAAGUGAAACUCCAUCAUCCUGAACGUCUUCUUUUCUUUUUAAUAAAUAUUUUUUUCCAUUGUCCACCACAUGAAUUGCUCAGACCGACAGUUUGCGAGUCGGACAGCUAAAAAGUGGACAAACAGGACCUUUUUCAGACAGCACCUUUUGGACCACGAACUUUGGAUUGUGUGUGUUGUAUUGGGUUAACUUGUUUUCUGGUGUGUUUUGCUGUGUAGUGGUCAGGAAGAGAUUAAAAAUGAACUAAGAUGAACCAUCUUGUGAUCGGUGUGACCCUUGUGUGGGGGUGGUGAGAACAGUGUUUUUUCCCAAACUUCUGAAAUGAACUUCGUCAUGCUUUGCAAUGUAUGGCUUCAGUGGCAGUGAUGUUACUGUUAUUUGUUUUGUUUUGUUUUUUAAUUCGCCAAUCAGUGGCCAUCCCAUUUUUGUCUUAAAGCUGGUUUAUUUUACAUGUCAUGAGAUUAGCAAAGACCUUUGGCCACAUCCAUAUGGCAGAUUUUUUAUUUUUUUGUCCAAAAUUAUUUGAUUGUUCCACGGAUACAAAGUCACAUGACUAGUUAUGUCAAAAGCACUUUCAAAACCAUUUUCACAAAGCUUACAUUAUUGGACCUAGGUUGGCCACAAGUACAUCUCAGAUCUUUGUCAUUGGUGACCGUGCUAGCAAUUUUAUUUUUUUUUUCUUUUUUAAUUGUAAAAUUGUCAAUAUUUUGUUUCUAUUCCAAGUAAAUUUGGGGAAACAUUCAUUCCUUACAUGAAGCUUAGCAGGAGAGUGCAUAAACGAAUAGAAGUGACUGAAUUUACAGUCCCUUAAAGCUAAAUUAUUGUUGCGCUGGAGUCAUUAUAUCCUUGUAGUCGUAACGUAAAAGCUCAGCGGGAAGAGAAUUUUUUUUUUUCUUUUCUACAAGGAAACUCGUGUUUUUUGUUCAGCUGUUGUUGGUGCAGCCCUUAUCAACUGACUCUGGCCAGGUUUGGCUACUUUUUUUUUUUUUAAAGGGUUCAUUCACGAUAAGAGGGAGCACUUUUUAUAUGGUGAUCGCAUUAAAAACUGCAGUCGUACACUCCAACAGUUAAAAAGCAAGUUCCUUCGUAUCUUGGUUGCUCUUUUCCUUGGAAUAGUUCCCACCAGAUAAGAUGUACACAAAUUUUGGGGGGUUGUGAAUGGAUA